AAAAAAAUACCUUGCUGGUUUCCCUGAAAAAAUUUCACGUGACUACGCCAAAGCGUUCCGGUUAUAACAAGAUUUACGAAAUUCGCCGAUCUAGGAGUUUCUUUUUUGAGCUUGCUGAUCAUAAUCAAAACACCAAUGAAAUUCAUUUGAAGAUACACACGAAUGAUUAUCAUAUGAAAACUAAACCAAUUAGUUAUAAUAACACAAGUUCGUUCCCUAAUGACAAAUAUCAAAUCAGCUGUAUGCUUACGCAUUUUUUUAUCUCACAAAGAGUUCUCCCUCGUCGUGUACAAGAUAAAUAUUUCAAUUUUCUCCGCAACAAAUUAUUGGAUAGAAUCAAGAUCAUCAAAUCACGUGCAACUAGUACAGCAAAAAGAAAUUAUUCUACAAAGACUUUUUUUAACUUUACUUAUAAGAAACGUCACUUUUACUUUGGCAUAUAUGUUCCUUGCCCUCAUGUUAACGACCCUGAACACUUUCAUAAAGAUACACAAUGUAGUAUUCUACCCCUUUGUUAUGUCACAACAUCGACGCGCAUGCGUCAUUCAUCAACAUAUAUACAAAAUCCGGCAACUACAUCAACUGAUUUUGUUAAUAAUAAGGCUUCUCAUGCCAAUUUAUUAUAUUACAGAUGGCUCGAUAGUAAAACCAAACGUAUUACCUCUAGACGACUGGGUAUUUCAUAUGACAGCAAUAUUCAUGCUAGAGACUCUCUAUCUAUCACCAAACGGGACAAUAGACAUAUGUAUCGUAAAUCUUUGUCCAACUUCAAAUAUGAUUUGAGUCCUAAUUUACGCACUCAAAAGCAACAAGAAAUAUGUUUUAAACGCACUUGCCAUCGUGUAUUUAAUAAGAUGCGAUUACCUUCCAAUCGUGAAGCUAAAAAUCAAGAUUAUUUGGCGAUAGCGCGCAAAUACCGUUUUCUAUUUUUGAAAUCUCAAUAUGUCAAAGUACCUAUUCGACAUUUACU